AUGGCCAAGAAGGCUGUGUCGAAAGAGGAGAAACUGAGGCGGAUGAAGGAGCUUUUAGAAGACAAAAAGGACGUUUUUCUCCUUAAAGAGCUUGAGGUAGUAGCCAGCAAAGAAAAAGGGAUCGUCGCAAAGACUGUUGAGGAAGUUGUCAAAGAAUUAGUUGGGGAUGGGAAGAUUAUGACGGACAAAAUUGGAAGUUCAAAUUUCUUUUGGGCAUUUCCGUCUGCGUCGAUCGUCGAGCGGCGAACUGAGUGCGAGAACCUCCAAACCAAAAUCGAUGAGACGAAAGACAAGACUCAAAAAGUGAAAGAAGAAAAUGAAGCUUUGAAAAAGGAAAGGAAAGGUGAUGAUGACAGAGGCACCAAUAUCAAACAACUCGAACAACUCAAACAGAAGCGUGAGGAGUUAACUACAACCAUUAAAACACAACAGGAGAACGACCCCGAGGUCAUCGAAAAGUUGACUAACGACUGUACAAAAGCUAAGGAGGCCGCAAAUAGAUGGACGGACGCUAUAUUCAACGUGCAAUCAUACGCAAAAUCAAAGGCUGUUGGGGCAGAGCCAACCGAGCUUAACAAGGCGCUUGGGAUACCAAACGAACUGGACUACAUUGAUUGA